UGAGUGUCUGGUCUUUGUUGUCUAUUGCUGUCCAUUGCUGUCCAUACCGUGUAGUGGUCUUCGCGAUCACUUGAAUCACAUCCCGUGAAGUAAUGCUUCGUUUCUUUUCCAAACGAUUCCGUGUUAACAGACAUGACAUCAAUCGCCACAAUCAGGAGACCAACCGAUGGUCGCACACAUCGCAAGGCAGUCACCCGACGACAGGACCGCCACCACAGGUGACCGCAAAUCUCAAACACUAUCUCCACUGCAAAGUCAUGCUUUUGGACGGAACCGAUGUCUCGUUGUUUGUGCCCAAGAAGUCUCUCGGAGGCGAACUCUUUGACGAGUUGUGCGAUAAGAUCUCGUUGACCGUCGAGAACGACUACUUCGGCCUCCAAUACACGGACACCACAUCGCAGUCCCAUUGGUUGGACUACACGAAAGAGAUCCGCAAACAAGUGAGGAUCGGUCCGCCCUAUACUUUCAGACUGCGGGUGAAGUUUUACUCAUCCGAUCCAAACAAUCUGAAGGACGAGUUCACGCGUUACCUCUUCUUCCUUCAGUUGAAACAAGACAUUCAGAGCGGACGCCUUCCGUGUAGUGUUGAGGUGUCGGCCUCUUUGGCGGCGCUCACAAUGCAGUCAGAAUUGGGUGACUUCGACGAAGAGGACCACGACUUGGCGCUCAUCUCGGAGUUCCGUUUCGUUCCCAAUCAGACCGAAGACCUCGAGACCAAAAUACUGGAGGAAUGGAAAGCGUUGAAACCGGAUCCAGUCAUCAACACGUCUAACCGCGACCAGAAGCCAGUGAUCGCCGCGUCCAUGGAUUCGGCCACCGCUGAAGCCAAUUAUCUCAAUAAAGCCAAAUGGCUUGAGAUGUAUGGCGUGGAUAUGCAUACAGUGCUCGGAAAAGAUGGCAAUGAAUACAGUCUGGGAUUGACUCCGACGGGAGUACUAGUGUUUGAGGGGAAGAGCAAAAUUGGUCUCUUCUUUUGGCCGAAGAUAACGCGACUCGACUUUAAGGGCAAAAAAUUAACGUUAGUUGUGGUGGAAGACGACGACGAGGGCAGAGAACAGGAGCACACUUUCGUUUUCAGAUUACAUACGUCCAAAACAAGUAAACACUUGUGGAAGUGUGCGAUAGAACACCACUCCUUCUUCCGACUCAAGACACCCGUCACGGGAACGGGAACUGCGAAACAGAGGCAGAACUUUGUCCGCAUGGGCUCCAGGUUUAGGUAUUCGGGAAGAACCGAAUUCCAGACCCAAAUCCAACAGCAAAGGGCCGCACAGUUAGCCAAUCAGCGAAAGUUUGAGAGACGCCCGUCGCAGAGGUAUACCAGUCGGCGGUCCACUGUUCGACACGAGAGGCAUAAGACAACGACAGCCAGUGAUUCCGUGAAACCUAAAACGAGUGUUAGUUCGGCGCCGAUCGCACCGGCAGUGACCACAACGACGACCACCACUAACACAACGAUUGCUCGCCCAAAGCCAGUGCCACCACCUGUUGUGCCGCCGACCGCUGCCAACGCCACUCAAUCCUCUUCGAUGCCGUCCACAGCGGAGGAGAGAUUAGAUAAUUUGAUCAAAUCGUUAACUAAAGGGGAAGUGACGUCAGCAGCCAAUGAGUUGGUCUCCGGUGCGUCCGCUCCCGAAGCGGUGAAGGGCGCGACGGCCUCCGCGGCCGCACCCAAAGCCAACUCACAAGUCGAUGAUAUGGAGGACGCCGUCUGUAAGCUGAAGAACUUAGAUUCGGUUUCAAACUGUUCCUCGCAGUCAAACAAAUCUCAUAUGAAUGGCAAGACUUUGACAUCAAAUGGAAAGUCUUCCGCCGCCGCGUCUAAUGGAAAGACGUCUCACAUGAAUGGCAAAACUGCGGCCUCGAGUGCCGGUGCCGUCCAGACCAUAGUUGUCGGUCCAUCAAUAAUAGUGCCAAACAAUCAGAACACGAAUGUUGUGUCAAAACCGAAGACAGCGAUUCCGGACAUGAAAUGCAAUAUAUUGAAGGCUAAAGAAGCGAAUCUACAGAAUCAGCCAAACAAACAGAACGCUAUGUGCGGGACGUGUAAUACCAGUGCUCACGAGGAGUCCAAUGAGGGGCCGACCACUACUGCCACGGCCUCAGUGGUGACGAUCACGAAUGGUCACAAUCACAGNAUACCUGAAGGAAGAAGAGUCCAACCAAUGGGACUGCGAUGUGGUGUCCGUGUAUUGGAGGCCGAAGUAGUCGUUCUCGACGGUCAACGAGAUCUUAUCGCACAACUCGUCAAAGAGUUCGCCUCCGAGAGACUUCUUGGGCACAAACAACGAGACAUCGGUUCCGUCCAAAAGCAUGACUUUGCAGUGGAGAUAGUGUUUGAGAUUUGCGGUCACCUGUGGUGGCGGUCCUGUCGUCGGGUGACUGCCUUGCGAUGUGUGCGACCAUCGGUUGGUCUCCUGAUUGUGGCGAUUGAUGUCAUGUCUGUUAACACGGAAUCGUUUGGAAAAGAAACGAAGCAUUACUUCACGGGAUGUGAUUCAAGUGAUCGCGAAGACCACUACACGGUAUGGACAGCAAUGGACAGCAAUAGACAACAACAAAGACCAGACACUCAGUGA